UUCUCUCUUUCUAGAGAGAGAGAGUUUCUCUCGAUUUCUCUUCUUCUUAUCAAAAUCAAUCUUUCAGAAGGGGAGUUCUCGCCGACUUGUUUCCAUCACCGGAUUAUUCCGGUUAAGUCUCCCGAAGGUUCGGGCUUUUGACUCCGGGAAGGGAUGGUUCUCACAAUACUUCUUCGCCGGCUUUUGUCUCCGGGAAGAGAUGAUUCCGUCACAUCGUCUUCGCCGACUAUCACCAGGGUUCUCCUGGUUCCGUUUGAUCAUCGUUUCUUGUGGUUCUCUGUUCGAUCGAUUCUCCUCUUCAACCUCCGAUUGAUUGUUCCUUGCCUUUGUUAAAGGUUGAGUCAUCUUCGGGCUUAUCUUUAUCAUAAAAGAUGUUCGGUUUGCAUGUAGGAAUCUCGGAGGUUUUGACAGGAUUGAUGUCGAUUGCAAUUUUCAGAAACGAUGUUCCGUCAGAUUAGGCUGUAGGCUGAACUAGGUUGAGAACUGUUCGAUUUCGAUCGGUUUUCCUUGGUUUCGGCUUCGUCGGCGGCAGGGCUCUGCCGUAUCACCUCUCUGGCUUCCGGGGGAUGAAGUGGCUCUUCGCCUUGACGCGUGUUUCAUUGAUUGCCGGGCAAUCGUCCACGUGGUGGGUGACAAGUCAAGAUUUCUUCCUCAACGGUUUACCUCUUUUGAGCUUGCGGCUCAAAGAACUUAUGUUAAUGUUGGCCCGUUUGUUUAAGCCUUUAGUUUUUUCUUUCCAGUUCUGGACUUUGUCCCAUUUUGGGCUCUGAUCCUUCGAUAAAACUUAGAUGUCAAAAAAAAAAAAAAGUAGAACCAUUCUCCUCUGUUUUUUUUCUCUCGUUCUACUGCACAUUUUGGGUUUCUCCUAUUCUCUCUGAUCUUUGCGUUUCUGUUUUCUAUCUCUCUACUCCACGAUCAGUCUCUUGCUGCGUUUUGCUUCUUCUUCUCCUUCCGUAAGAUCAGUCGCUCCUCUGUUUCUUGUACUGUUUCGCAUCUUCUUUUCGUUAUUGUAGCUGAUUCUUCUUCCGAUUCGGUCUCGUUUGCCUUCUUGUUUUGAUAGUUUCGCGCUAUAAUGAGUUUCCUUUGCGAUUGCUGUUACUUCCGAUUACUCUGAAUUUUCAGAUGUUUAGCUUCGAUAUUAGCCAUUGAGUUUUGUUGAUUUCUUGGUUUCCUCGGAGACUAGUUUGUUCUUGAUCGAACACGUCAAGGGUUCUACUGAUUCUCGUUUGAUUAAUCAUUUACUUGUGUAAAGUUUAGAUCUUUUUCAUCUCAACGCUACUUCGCUAUCACCAUUCUCGAGUGUACAAUAGAUGCUCUGUUUCAGUGUGAUCUUUACUAUGCUCUGUUUCAGUGUACAAGAGAUGCUCUGUUUCAGAUCAUUUGAAAACGCUGCUGGUCUCUCUUUAUGUAUACCGUACGCUAGAUUGCUUCACGAAAGCUCAAGAUUUUGAUUCUAUGGGCUGUCUCUGCAGGAUGGAUGCUACGGAUGAUACUUUAGGCCCCAAAAGUCUCGUCAAAACGUCUGAGUUCAUCAGGCUAAUCAUCGACGCACUUACCUCUCUCGGAUUCAACGCCAUCGCUACCGAGUUAGAGAAACAAUCUCGCAUUCCUCUUCACAGUCAAGCAGCCAAGCAGUUUCUUGAGCUAGUAAAGAACCAAUAAUGGGACAAAAGCAUUGAUGCACUAAAGCCUCUUGAACUAGCUGAUGAAAACACUGUGAUACUACUCCUACUAGAGCAAAAGUACCUUGACUCUCUCAAGAACGAACAAGUCCCUGAAGCUCUCAACACCAUAAGGGAAGAGAUACAACCUCUUGGUCUUGACCUACGUCUCCUUCACAAGCUCGCUUCCAAGAUUCUCAAGCCAGACCUGUUGGUGAAGAAGAAACUGCAAGAGCUGCUUCCUCUUGGAGUUGUAGUCCCGGAGAGAAGGCUGGAGUAUCUUUUAGACGAUGACCGAUACUCAGCGGGGGAGUGUGACUUCCAUGUUCCAGACAGUGAUUUGUCCUUAUUCUCUUAUCAUUACUGUGAUAAAAGAAAAAUCCCUUCAGAGACUCUCCAGGUGUUGAGUGAACAUACAGAUGAAGUCUGGUUCUUGACAUUCUCACAUGAUGGCAAAUGCUUGGCUUCUUCUUCUAAGGAUAAAACAGCUAUUCUCUGGGAGAUGGAUGCAGAUGGGAAGUUUACUCAGAAGCAUAAACUUGUGGGCCACGAGAAGCCAGUAGUAGCAGUCUUAUGGAGUCAUGAUGAUCAACAAGUCAUUACAUGUGGAGAAAACGAAGUCAUCAAGCGCUGGGACGUUGGUUCAGGACAAUGUGUUCAAACCUAUGGAAGAGUUGAUGUUGGUUCCGUUUCUUGCGGAUGGCUGCAUGACGGUUCAGGUAGAGAAACCAGAGCUGAGAGAGUGAUUCAGCUACAUGAGAAGGAGAUGAUUACUUCUUUCUCGCUUUCUAGAGACAACAAGUAUCUUCUUAUCGACCUCGUUACACAGGAGAUCCAACUCUGGGUUAUAGGAGGUGAUGAACCGUUCUAUCUUUCGGAAUACGAUGGACACAAGCGUACUCGGUUUAUUAUCAGGUCUUGCUUUGGUGGGUAUGAUGAAGAUUUCGUCGCUAGUGGGAGUGAGGAUUCUCAGGUAUACAUAUGGCACGUAGCAAAAGGGUUGAGACCUUGUCGUGUGUUGCGUGGACAUUCAGGAGCUGUGAACUGUGUGAGUUGGAACCCAACUGAUAUUCAUAUGCUGGCUUCAGGGAGUGAUGAUAGAACCAUCCGGAUUUGGGGACUUGCCAAGAAGUAGAAGUGGUGAUUCAAUGGUUACUUUACUGCAAAUUUGAUUCAUGUACAUAUGAUAAUAUUCUUGUUCACAUUUCUUCAAUCUAUUAAUGUUGUUUUUGCUUCUUUUUGAGUACAAUAGAGGGUUAAGAACUAAAAUUUGAAUACUAAUAGUGACUUGACUGCAACACUUGAUUCAUGUACAUACGAUAAUACACCUUUU